GACGCUGCUCUUGUCCCGUGUGUGCUCUUCUUCCUAUCUGCUGCUGCUGCUGCUGCUGCUGCUACCCAAUAGAGCUAGGUACCACUAGCACAAUUGUCACUAGCAGUAGACUUAGUCAGUCAAUAGCCGUUGUCGUACUUCCCACCUACUGAUUACUGCCGCUGUUGUCCACUACUGUCGACCGUGGGGGUUGACAACUACGAAACAGUUGAAGUACGACCUACACGAAUACUGCUACCGCGACUACUAAUUGUGUGUGCGCGCGUGUGUGUGUUUGUGUGCCACGAUAGAACAGGCCAGCCAACAGACGGAAAAGGAAAGAGAGUGAAACAGAGAAAGAAAUUCAAGGUGAGAUGAAUCAAUUUGAGCUAGCCUAAGAGGUUACUGGAAAAAGUAAGCCCUCUGCCCCCUACGACCCGCCCAAAAUGAACACCAAAGUAACCGUCAAUCAGUGAUGUUGCCCACAUAUCCUGCUCAAAACCAGGUGCCAUAGUUUUCACCUGAUUUUGUUGUGCACCUUCGCUGUUGCUGGAUGGAACAGGUUUUCACUAAAAAAAGGAAAAAGCUGCAGGUCGGAGACCUGGCGUAGCUGGAAUCUGGUCUGCAACUCUAACAAACGUCGCUCCCGCCACACCUACGACAAGAACAAACACUCGAGGUCAUCGUUAGACCACGAUCCACAACUUACAAACCCUGGACUAAAGUGCAUUUAGAGACGGUUAUAUGUGUGCGUUACUACAAAGACACUCUCCAGCGCCUUUACAAUCCUGCUAUACGUGACGACGUGGUGCGGGUGUAUUGAGGAUGUGUCAUCGCCUUCUGUGACGACGGUGGUUCAAGUGUGAAGUGUAAAGGGUUACCAGGUAGAAUAGCUGAUUUCCUCAGCUGAAUCCAGCAAUACAAGUGUGUGUCUGUGUGUGUGAACGACGGCCUACGAGUUGAUGUGUGAACAGGACGAACUAUUAUUCAGGAGGUCGUUGUACUCCGUGGAAGUGACGUCAAGGAAGGCUCGGCGGAUUUGGGUAACGUGCGAGUGUCGCACAGUGCACCGCCGGGCUCCUCACUUAGGAGCAUGAGGUCCACAGCAAGCCCCUCAGGAGUCGCCUCCCCUCGACGAGCAGAAGACCUCACUCAGGAACACCAUUUCACUAACAAUAUGAGGUCACAACAACCGACCGACAAAGUAGCCGUGAACUCUCGUGCGCGCUCACCAGUUGGGCUCGCUCUUCCACCGGUUGAGCCCGCAAAAGCAGGAACUGUCCUCGAGGUGGCAUCGCUCGUGCUUUACGGUACAUGCGCCAUUCCUGUGAGACUGAAAAUUCUCCUAGAUCGUCUUCUCGGUGCCCUUCCGCAUGACGACGUUAAACAAGUUCUAGGCGCCUUCGGAUGGACCUAUGAUGAUUAUCUACGGGGUUACAUCGCCCAGGACCCCAGUAGCAGCAUUUUGGACAAAUGGGCCUUGGUUACCCGUGAUGAAGAGCUCGUUGUUCUACGCCAGUUUCUUCGAUUUGCAGAAACACGUUCACUCGCGCAACAGUUCAUGGUAGCCGAUAAUGCUAUCCAGGCAGCCACCGACCACGGUCAGGACCUCAAGAAGCUCCUCGAAAAGUCGGCUCAAGCGGCCAGCAUCCUGAACUCACAAAGGGCCAAUGAUCUCAUGCUGCAGCCAACAACGACGGCAUCGUCGUUACCUCAAAGUAGCAGCAGCAUGAAGGAAACUGCUACUGCCGCUACCAAACCAAAGGAAUUAUUAUCCACUGUAACUUCGGCCAAGCAUACGCAACCAAUCUCGAAAGUGAGCGCAAACGAUGACAAUGCCCCCUCUGUGCCGCACAGUCGUAGUCCAAGCGCCUCCUCUGGUUUCGCGGAUCGACAACAACAACAACAACAACAACAACAACAACAACAUAGCUCACCGUUAAAUAAACUCCAAAGUAUGCAGCCGUAUGAUUAUCGCACGCAUAAACGACAAGGUCAUGGAGCAAGCUGCGAAGCAAUCGAGCGGCGUCCGUCACCGCCUCUGUCUUCACCACCUGUCUCGCUUGGGCUAAAUUCACUUAACAGCCCGAACGGGACAAGCCAGUCAGGUCAUCAUAUGUCAGCAACCGCCUUUGCUGCAAACCAUCAUACCAACAAUAGCAGUAGCAGUCAACAUCAUAAUCAAAACAGCUCGGAUAUGAGUCUCAGCGACUCAGAUGAUGACGGGUUGCCUGCUAUGAAUCUCUCCGCAAAUAUGACAAAUCCCGAGGCGCUGUUAGCGGCGCAGGCACACCAGCUACAGCAUGGUCGUAAUAAAGAAUCAUCAAGCUCUCUCAAACGCCGCUGGGACCCGGUGGUAUUGAGUACGCUGACCACAAACCCUUCAACCGGCAAACGUCGCGUUCAGUGCCACGUCUGCAUGAAGACUUUCUGCGAUAAGGGCGCGCUAAAAAUUCAUUUCAGUGCGGUGCACCUGCGCGAAAUGCAUAAAUGUACUGUUGAAGGUUGCAAUAUGAUGUUCAGUUCGCGCCGCUCCCGAAACCGUCACAGCGCUAACCCGAAUCCCAAACUGCACGCUCCAAACUUGAGACGUAAAAUCAGUCCGCAUGACGGCCGCACAGCAAAUCCAUUUCCCGUGCUGCCCCCUAGCGCUUUGUUAGCCCUCAAUGCAACUUCGCCUUCACAUCUCGGCUCCGUCCUCCAAGAGGGUCUGCUUAAUUCCAAACUGGCUGGGUUGGCCAAUGAAUAUACACAAAGUUUGCUGGACUCAGAGCCUACAAGCCUGGGUGGGGCCGGAAUGCCACUCUCGCUCAUAAAAGGCUCUUCGGGUCAGCCCACCUCACCUUCACCAAUACCAGAGUCAGAGGAUAAUAAUUUCUCUUCACUUGAAGGCAUCAAUUUGUCGAUGAAAUCACCGCUUACCAGCAAGCAUUUAGCUAAUGAAAGAAAAUCAGUGUUGGAAAAGACCUCUUCACCACCCAGAAGACAGCAGGACGUUUGCGGUUUUGCUGAUUUACAGCCAUUGUCCUUAACUACUAGUGAUAAACCGAUGCGCAAACGGAAAGCACUGAACCCAACUCGAGUAGCUGUCGAACAAUCGGACGACGAGGUCCGAUACGCCAGCUCCGACGACGACGAAUCGACGAGUAAUAAUAGUGUGGAUAAUGCGUCACUUAAACGUCGGACUGAUUUGGCUCGCAACCAUCAUGUGGACAGUGAAGAUGAGGACCUGUCGAGCAGCGAAGCUUCAAAGGACGGCUUCCCUGACCUCUCCCCGCAGCCAACGAAACAGCUCAGAGCCGAGCGCGAGCUUCCAGGUAAUGCACAUAAACCUUGGAAGCUCGAAGUGGAUGUGAGCACGCUGCGGGAGAAGGUGGCGGAUGCUCAAGAGCAAGAGAUGCUCAAGCAGAAAGACGCUCAAAGCCCUCAAACGGAAACAGAACAAGACCCUGAGCCGGACAACGAGCACCAAACAAGAAUUAAGGAAACUGAUCAUGGUUUUGACCAGGAUGAUCCGGAACAGGAGCAGACAGAGCUUCGCGAAGACCCUUUGCGCCAUCUGGAGUCUCUUUCAAUGGGUGCCUUCACUGCGGGUUUUCUCCCUGCGGUCCGGUCCGGGGGUGUGUCCUUCCAUGCCCCCGGCCUCGGGCUUGCCGACGGGCCCCUUAAAGAUGAGGGUAGAGAAUCGCCUGCCAGCUCGGCGGACCCGUCUCUAGUCGCAGCUAUGUAUAGAGACUCCUCCCUCGAGAUCCCCGUCGACAAAGAAAACCCCAGACGUUGCACCGCGUGUGGGAAAGUCUUCCAGAAUCAUUUUGGCGUCAAGACACAUUACCAGAAUGUGCAUCUUAAACUGAUGCACAAAUGUACCGUUGAGGGCUGCAAUGCGGCAUUUCCCUCACGAAGAAGCCGUGAUCGCCAUUCAGCCAACCUCAACCUGCAUCGUAAGCUGCUAUCCACAUCAUCACUGACGCCGGCGCCAGAAGGUCUUGCCGGAGGGGCGCCAUUCGGACUCGACAAAAUGUUCCCCUACGGCCAGCCAGAGUUCCUCUCGCGUCUCUAUGACUCCACGCAGAAUCUUGCCGAAAUAUAUCAGCGGUUACCCAGUGCAGCCGAGGCAGGGCUAUUAUUUCCUUCCCCAGCGGCGUUCGGCGCCUUCCCUCACUUGCUGUCGCAGGUUCCGUGCGUUUUGAGCACAGACCGGGCCUCACCAGCAGUCAGUGGUGCAAGCGGAGGCUCGCUGCACUCACGCUCACCCUCACCGGCAUCACCUGUCGCUGCUACGACCGGGGAUGACGAUACGCCACCUCUGAAGCCACCGGUCAGCGUCAAGAGCGCACCAGCCUCUCCGUCGGCAACUGCCGCGACGACUCCCCCUGCUUCGUCGCCAACCGCUGUUGCCCUGACGACUGCUUCAACGCCCCUUGAACAUCCGGUUGCUCUUAUCACCUGAGCUGAUAUCAGCAGUCAACGCUACUGCUGCUACGAACCUGAGCUACUGAUGGGGUACUAUUAGAGUGUUGUUGCUCCUCAACGUCACUACUUGUCAGUGGCCAGACCAACUAGUCUCCCUCGCCGAUUCGAAAUCAACGGUUAAGCAACCCCACCAGCCCAAUACUGAAAAAUAUUGGCUGCUAUUACAACGUAUUACCAAUUCACAUUAUUAAGUAUUGUUCUUAUUAUACGAUGUGUGAUGGAUUGUGGGGGCUGGCUCAGAAAAUUGUAAGGUUCUUCGUAAGGACGCGAUUACCUGGUAGCUCGUGUAUUUCCAGGCAGCAAUAGAAUUAUACAAACAGAAAGUCUGCGACUCAGUGACAGCAGAGGAGUAUGAGAAAAAGUGAAAUCGAAGAAAGUCUAGACUGAGAUUUUCUGAGUGAAGGCUACUGUCAGCUGUGUUGCAUAUACGUGUCAAAACGAUGCUGAUGAUGCUAUAAGCAAAAUAAUGGUAGAAAGCAAUGUCAUACGGAGCAAGAUAAAGAGCUCUGUUCAGACAAUAUUAUUACACACCUAGAGUACUGUAUAUAUCUGUAAAUCUAAGUAAUUUAAUGUUAUAUUAUAUAGAAUGUAGAUGCCACAUUAUUAUGUAGGGAAUCAACAUGAGCGCUAGAAACAUUAAAUAAAAAAUGAAACAACUUAUCAAUAAAUCAACAAUAUAAGUAACAAAUACAGCAGCAAGCAACAUGAACGAAGAAACAAGAAUAAAAACCAAACGUGUGCUGUGCUCGUGCCAACCUUGUCUAACUCACCUGCAUGUUCGACCAUAUGUAGUGCAUAGAAUAUACAUACAUCGAUUCAUCGAUUACUUGGCUGGGUUCCGAAGAGUUGGAUGUGGGUCGGCCAAUCAAAGAUCGAACCAGUCAUAGCCGUCAAUUUACCCUAACGAAACCCGUAACCAACUCUCAGCACUAGACAUCCAACUCCGCAAAGAAUCAAUAACCCUUUAAGGGUGUUUUCUACGACUGUGAUUAUCACCCCUGUUUGUUUAAUUAUUUACUGCUGUUAGUCCAGUCCUUCUGUCGUUCGCCUUGUUCCCUUUUAACAUAACAGCAGGCUCAUCUGUCUGUCUGUCUGUCUAUGAUGUCCUAUGACGAGGUUCUAUGUUUCAGAAUGCGCAGCGUCGUCGGGGGAAGGAGGGAGAGAUCCGAACUCUGAUCUACAACACGAGUGAAAUGUAGAAACGCAAACGCAAAAUGUACACGUACACCGCGACGCAUACACACAGACCAGAUAUAAACGCAUAGAAAGUCAGAGAGAUACAUGAGUACGUGGCUGUUUAGAUCAGGCGGAGCAGCACUGGGAAGAGGCCGAAUAUAAAUGUGGAAUGAAGAUAAACAUUGACAGCAAACAAUCCGUAACCUUCGAGUACUUCUAGUACUACUAGUAGUGGUCGUCGUAGUAAUAGUAUUUGACCUUAGUUGUUUCUAUGUUUAGAAGAACGAAGAAGAGACAGACAGGGAGACAGGAAGAGCUAACGAGAGAAAGAUAAAGAAGCAACCGCUUCCAGAGGUUACGUCUCUGGGAGGGUCUUAUUUACACCAGCAUCAGACUCUCCGUGUUUUUGUUGCAAACACAUAGAUGCUGCUAGCCCUCCACGACAGCAGCAUCGGCAGCGAAGUCCGUCUUCUCUGUAGCGUAGUCUUUCGGCACUGGCGGAGCGCAUUGGGGAUAGUUGGAAGCUCUCGCUUGAUUUUACCUAGCUAGUGUUUUUGCCUUCCUCUCCUGCCUUCCAUCAUCCCAAUCGUCGUUUGUGACUAACGUUUACGAUUCUAGCUAUCGCAUAUCAUAUAUUGCCAUAUGUCCCAAUCACAGAAACUUCAUACGAGCCCUAAGAUUUCGCGUUUACCGUUAGUCUUUGCAUUUUCUGCUUAUUCUGUUAUCAAUCAAAUGUAUAUAAUCGAAGGUAUUCGCUUUUAUGGGUACAGCAGUAUUGGGUGAAUAAAACACUCUAACAAUAUAACCUUUGGGCAGCUUCGUUGUACGGAUUGAUCUCUUCAGUGGCUAUGCGGAAAUGUCAGGAGUCUCGUUCUACAGAAUUUUGGUGCCGGUUUCGAGUAACCUAUAUCAAUGGUUAUCUGUCUGGUGCGCUGUGAUGGUCUUUCUGGAAUAAGCCUUGUUAACAUACUUGUACCAUGAUUUCACAUAAGCAAUGUCACCAAAGCGGGCUGUAAUAAGCGAAAAGUGCUAGCUACAAGUUCAUGUAAACAAAUAGCCGUUUAGUUAUUACGUUCAGAAAUGGUUCAUCUCUCAGUCGGAUUUUAAUUUCGCCCUUCGUCUGGCGUCCAGAAGCCGAACAACGGCCUUAGAGGCGUGCGACCCGGCUUUAUACUAAAUUUAUGAAUAGCGUCGCCGUCGCCGUCGCCGCCGCCGCCGCCGCCGCCGCUGCCGCCACUACUACCACUAGUGCUAGUUUUGCGAUCAAAAACAAUCAUAACAGCAAAAAACAUCGCCACUACGAAUCGCCAGUGCCGUUUAGAGGAAGCGUCCAAAAGGUGUAUUAUGUAGUAGUGUCCUGACAGAAGGUCUGGAUAGUCUGUAGCUUCGCUAAAUGAUUGACCAGACAUCAAGUUAUAAUAGCGGCAACCACAACAACGAUAACACGUCAAGAUUGACAACCUCUGACUUUUGUUGACUGUAAAGGCUUUAAGUUAUUUGCAUCAAAUGAAAUAAACGAUAAUAAUACUGAGAAUGAUCACAAAUAUUCAAUAAACUAUAUAGUGUACUUAUCUUCCUAUAGAUAGACAGUAGCUAGAUCUCAUGAGUGUAAUAUAGAUUUACUUUAUUCGCUUACGCAUCUUUACGCCAAAAGUCCCCUAAGUAAGAGUCCCCUAAGAGCAAAAAUAAAAUGAAAUAUAUAUAUGUUAAGGAAUUAAUAAAAAAAAAAAAAAUUGUUACAAUCAAAAUUGGCAUGUACACCUGUUCCGAAAAUUCGUUCACACUGAAUGCCAAUGAAGUUGCCUUAUACAGGCCAUCCAUAUGUAACAUUUUCCUUCCGCAGAACAUUCUGUUUCAUAAUGUAGCCUAUUCCUAAACGAGUCCUUGACUACAUAUUACACUUCGUGAGACAUUCGUUUAAAGCUCUGCGCUAUGUCGCACUAACACUUAUCAAAGGUUACGUUUUAUACAAGUUUAUGGUGCUUCUUUUUUGUUAGCUAUUUGCGUUCUAUGUAGAGCGAAGCAUCCAAAUCCAACAUUUUCUCAUGAGUGUUGUGUUUAGGACUGUAUAGAGAUAAGAAGCUAUGAGUGUGAUUUUUGACGGUUAGAUUUAUCCAGUCUCAAGACAGCAGUUAAUUUCGAAAAAAAAUCCAAAUGUAUCAAAAAUUGCGUUUUGAGUCAUUUUUUUAUGAA